AUGUCUAAUAAGAAUAUUGAAAACUUACCAUGGGUCGAGAAAUACCGUCCUGAAAAUCUUGAAGAGGUUCAUGGUCAAGAUGAUAUAGUCAACACGGUGAGGAGAUUUGUCGAAACAGGCAAGUUACCGCAUUUGCUAUUUUACGGGCCACCAGGUACAGGUAAAACCUCCACUAUAGUAGCGUUGGCCAAAGAGAUAUAUGGGCCCAAUUUCAGAAACAUGGUAUUGGAAUUAAAUGCAUCAGAUGACCGAGGCAUCGAUGUAGUGAGGAACCAGAUUAAAAGCUUUGCAAGCACGAGACAGAUUUUCACUCUGGCGUCAUCGCCACAGUUUAAGCUAAUUAUUCUCGAUGAGGCUGAUGCAAUGACUAGCGCUGCUCAAAACUCCUUACGGAGAAUAAUUGAAAAGUAUACAAAGAAUUGUCGAUUUUGUAUCUUGGCCAAUUAUUCUCACAAGUUGAACCCAGCAUUGAUUUCAAGGUGUACUAGAUUUAGAUUCCAUCCAAUUGAUGAAGAAUCAAUUAGGAGCAGGAUCAAUAAUGUUAUAGUUCGGGAAAAAGUCGAUAUUGCUCCCGAUGCAUUAAAUGCACUAUUACAUCUUUCGCAAGGUGAUAUGAGAAGAAGUUUGAAUGUUUUACAAGCUUGUAAAGCAGCUACAGGCAAUAGAGACGAGGUGAUAGAUAUUGAUAUGAUCUAUAAUUGCAUUGGAGCGCCUCAUCCGCAAGAUAUAGAAGCUUGUCUAAAUUCAAUAUUGAAAGAUGAUUGGACAACGGCUUAUUUAACAUUGAACAAGUAUAAAACAUUGAAUGGAUUAGCUUUGGUUGAUUUAAUUACUGGGUUUAUUGAAAUUUUGCAGAAUUAUGAGUUGAAUCCAAAGAAUAGGAUACAUUAUUUAAAAGGAUUGAGCGAUGUAGAAUAUGGAAUUUCGAAAGGUGGUAAUGAUAAGAUACAAAGUAGUGCAAUUAUAGGGAUUAUUAAGCAAGCCAUGGAAUACGAAGCAGGAGGAGUAGGAGGAAUAGCAAGUAAAUAA